AUGGGUUCCACGACCUCCCCGCUCCAGACCCCCUACACAUCCCCAAACACCCCCACGGGCACGGCCCUCUCCCUCUCCCUCUCCCACCGCAUCGUCCUCGCCCCCAUGACCCGCAUGCGCGCCUCCAACACCACAGCAGCAAUCAACCCCUCCGCCGCAACAUACUACGCCGAGCGCACAACGCCCGGAUCCCUCCUCAUCUCCGAGGGGACCAUCGUCUCAGCGCGGGGAAAAGGCUUCCCCUGCACACCCGGCAUCUGGACCUCGACACAAGCGCGCGCCUGGAAACCAAUCACCGACGCCGUGCACGCAAAAGGUGGCACAUUCUUCAUGCAGCUGUGGCACGUCGGCCGCGUCUCGGUCCCCAGCGUGAUCGGCGGCGCGCGGCCCUUCAGCUCGACGAGCGCUCAUCUCCCGGGAUCCCAUGUCCUCUUCGGGGGCGGGGCGGGGGUUGAGGCGUACGUUGACUCGCACGCGAUGACGACCGACGAUAUCCGCGACGUGGUCGCGCAAUUCGCGCACGCGGCCAAGCUCGCGGUCGAAGUCGCGGGGUUCGACGGGGUCGAGAUCCACGGCGCGAACGGGUACCUGCUCGACAGCUUUGUGCACGACAACAUCAACACGCGCACGGACGGGUACGGCGGGAGUCUCGCGAACCGGCUGCGGUUUCCGCUGGAGGUGGUGGACGCGGUUAUUGGGGCGGUUGGAGCGCGCAGGACGGCGAUCCGGCUUGCGCCGUAUCAUGUGCUGCAGGAGACGGGGGAUAGUAAUCGCAUUGCGACGUUCUCGGCGUUCGCGGCGGAGCUGGAGAGGCGCGGGCUUGCGUAUGUGCAUAUUGUUGAGCCGAGGUAUGAUCAGGGGAGUGGGGAGGGGGCCUUCUCGGGGGAUAUCAAACGAGAUGGGACGAGCCAAGCCCAAGAAGGGGGGGAUGGGAAGGUGAAUGGGGAGAAGACGGGGUCGAUCUGGCCGUUUCGCAGGAUCUUGAAGAACACCACUGUUAUUGGGGCUGGCGGGUAUGAUGCGGCUUCCGCUGCAAAGGCGAUUGAGGAAGGCCGUAUUGAUCUUGCUGCAUUUGGUCGCUAUUUCACAUCCAACCCGGAUCUACCGGAGCGCCUUUUCAGGAGUCUUCCGCUGACAAAGUACCAUCGGCCUACGUUCUAUACUCCUGGUGAAGAGGGCUAUUUGGGGUGGGCGCGGUGGAGCGAGACGUCAGAGUAA